AUGGAACAAGUCGAAGAAGCUGGGCUCGAAGAGCGCCUCAAAUCCGCCCUUUGGUUAUCCAUUGGCAAGAUCGUGGAUGAGGAGACUAUCAAACUAGGCUCCAAUGCAACGCCUCAAUUCAUCGGUGCCCUGACGGAAAUGGUCUGGGCUCAGAUUGAGACUGUCAGUCAAGACCUGGAGUCUUUUGCCAAACAUGCUGGGCGGUCGACCGUCAACGUCUCUGAUGUGAUGCUGCUCGCCCGCCGCAACGAGGGACUGGAAUCUAUUCUGCGUGCGUUCGUAGAGCAGCAGCACCAGCAAGAAUCCUGA